AUGGUCACAACUCAGAGCAGACAGAAGUCUUAUGCAGACCUAAAGUGCACUCAUGUUGAGUUUGAUGUUGGUAAUCAUGUAUUUCUGCAUGUGACUCCAAGGGAAGGAAUCUCGGUGAAGAGGUUUGCCAAGAAGGGAAAGCUAAGUCCCAGAUAUGUUGGACCGUUUGAGAUUUUGGAUAGAGUGGGCAAAGUGGCUUACAGGGUAGCUUUACCGCCAUCAUUAUCCAAGGUGCAUAACAUAUUUCAUGUGUCACAACUUCGAAAGUAUGUGUUCGACCCAUCGCAUGUACCGAGCUAUGAGACCUUGGGUUUGCAGGAGGAUUUGUCAUUCGAUUAG